CCGAAGUUUACACGUCACAUCGUGCCAGCCACGAGAAAGCAAGAAACGCCGCCGUCAAGCGAAUUGUAUGGUGUUUAGUUUAUUUACAAUAGCCGCAAGGAAUUAACGAAAAUUAAUAAUGUUCAAACAAAUACUCGGCUUGUGCGCUUUAUUUGCUGUCUUCAGUGUCUGCCUGUCCGACGAUGAUACCCGUGCCCGCCUUCUGGUGUCCAAACAGAUACUCAACAAAUACCUUGUAGAGAAGAGCGAUCUUUUGGUGCGUUACACCAUAUAUAAUGUAGGCAACGGUGCGGCCACAAAUGUUCAGCUGGUUGAUCAGGGCUUCCAUCCAGAGGCAUUUGAUGUGGUCGGAGGACAGCCUUCUGCCACAGUGGAUCGCAUUGCGCCACAGACAAACUUCACACAUGUUGUGGUGGUCCGUCCCAAGGCCUUCGGUUAUUUCAACUUCACCGCUGCAGAGGUGUCGUACAAGCCCGUAGAGGAAGCUGAGACGCUGCAAUUGUCGAUCAGCUCAGAGCCUGGAGAGGGUGGCAUUGUUAACCUAAAUGAGUACAACAAGCGCUUCUCCUCGCACUUCUUCGACUGGGUUGCAUUCGCCAUCAUGACCCUGCCUUCAUUGGCCAUUCCCCUGGCGCUGUGGCACUCUUCGAAGAGCAAGUACGAACGUUACGGCAAGCACAAGAAACACUAAGGCCGGGUCUUUGUGUCUGUCGCAUUGGAUCAACAUUAUAAGAGAUUUUCAGCCCACUAUAAUUCCGUACAACAUUGUUGCUUCAAAUUCCAAUGGACUCCAUGCGUUCAUCCCUUCACACAUUUUACAUUAUCGUACGAAUAUUUCCUCGAUGAGCCAAGCAGAGCGUUAAAUCGUUUUAGAUUUAUUUUAAAGACGCAUUGAAUAAAUCCAAACGUUAAGCUA